GAGCGGAUCUCUCACGCGCUCUGAACACCGGAGCGCGCCUCCGGAGCACUCUGUUGGCUGUGUGACGCUCGUCCCGCAGAGCCGGGUGAGCGAGUCAGAAGACAUGUAUGAUCGGCACACUGUGGGGCCGUUGUUUAGGGCUGCUGUGUUGGACAACUGGAGAGGAAUAAUGCUGCGCUGAGUCAACACGAAAUAGGUCAGGGAUGGUGGAAGAGGACGCCGGUCAUGUGGUGAAGGAGAAAACAGAGGCACGGACAUCGGAAUGCCACAGGCUGUCUCGCUGCUGCCCUUCCUGCUGGCGCUCAUGGGAUACGCUUUCGCAGGGCUCAAUAUCUGGCCCUCCCUCCACGCUGCCCUUAGCAACGCCAGUGUAUUUGUGGACUUCAGCACAAAAUCCAACAGCAGCACCGUCCGCAACACGAGCCUCUCUCUGGUCAACACAGAAACCAACACCACCCUUCUGACCAGGACUCUCCCCAGCGACCGAUCGGCUGGCAGGGUGGAGUUCAACUGUUCCUGCUUCCUGUAUGCAGGAACUUUCCGGUUCCUGCUGAGGCAGACCAGCAUCGCUGUCGUUUCUCGUGCUAAUGACACACGAGACGGUAGCGCGGAGAGCACCGCCUGGUGGUGGAGUUCAGAACUGCAGGUGCAGUGGCCCACCUUUCACAUCGCUGUGGAACGGGCCGGGAACCACUCAGGAUCUUUUCAGGUUGGGAUCUCCACUAAUGAACACUUCCAGGCUUGUUCCAACGGCAUGGAUUCAGCUGUCUUCCUAGAAGUCAGCUACGUGGAGUACAACCAGAUAGGGCGAAACAGCAUUGACAAGGUCCAAGCCCGCACGCGCCACCCAAUCAAACCGCUCCGUUCCCAGAGUAUUGAGCUGUCCUGCGCCUUCCCCUUCACAGAAAGAGACUUCAUCCGAGUGGCUCUACGCUCUCCUCAUGUAGCACAGGAUGUGAAGAGCUCUGGACCUCUCUACCUGUCACGCAUCUUCUCCUAUAAGCUGCUGGUGGAAAACACCAACGCUUACAGGAGCGGCUGUGAAGGGACUAUGACUGUUAAACUGAUAAGCCCUCCUUGUGCUCACAUCAGUGGGAAAGUAUUGCUGUAUAAGGAAGCAGAUGUUGGGAGAGGGGUUGCUGUUUCCUCUGGGAUGGAAGCAGGUGGAACAGCACUGAUGGGGUUCGGACCAGAGGAUCCCUCUUCACCUCUGUUGGCCUUUAACUGGCUGACUCAGGGAGAGAACGAGACCGAAUUCAACUGUUCUGUGUUUAUCCCGGGGAGGAACAAGUACUGCUUUCGCUUUGUCUUCAACUUCAGUCGCUCUCCGAGUCCUGCACAGACCUGUCUGGUGGUAUACAAGAGUGCAGAGUCAUGGGGCCCGUGGCUGCCAUGGAGUGUGUGCAGUGUGAGCUGUGGGGAGGGAGUGAGGGAGCGAGUGCGCAAGUGUUUGCUGCCCUCAGGUGUGGGAGGGAUGCAGUGCACCGGCAUGGUGAAGGAGCAGUCCCUCUGCUCGCUGGAGGACUGUGUCGUGUUGCCCGCUCCUUCUCCAUCUCUCCCCACUGUGGCUGUUGGAGUUGCACCCCUAGGCGGUAACGUAGUCGUGGUGGCUGGUAUCUCCAUUUGCCUGGCUGUGAUUCUGGCUACUGUCGUGGUGACUUUGUGGAGGAAGCUUUGCAAGACCCCUCAGUGCAGCUCAGUCCGCAGAGGCUCCAUGCAUUCCCCCGGGGGCCGCAAGCUCUCCGACGAGGCGUCCAUUUGUGGCCACAGCCUCCAACGCCCCAGCCUGUCUGACGGCCACGGCGUGGGUGUGGGUGUAGCCCAGAAAGACAGGCCUUCCCUGGGCAGUCAGCCUCUCUCACAGACCCUGGUGAUACCUCUCUCACAGGACCCAGAAAGGCUGUCCCCCACAGGUCAGAGGUUGUUGCCACCAAUAUUUGGGUACCGAUUAGCUCAGCAACAGCUGAAAGAAAUGAAGAAGAAGGGGUUAAAGGAGGCAACACAGCUGUACCAUGUCUCCUCAAGCCCUGUCCAUGACACCGUGGUAGAGACGUCUGCUUCUCCCACAAACUCCCCCAUUCCUACACCAACUGGAUUCACUCAUCCCACACUCCCUUUGGGCCUCCGGGACGACACUGACCACAAUAACUUUCGUAUUGCAGCCACUUUUUCCGAGCCGCCAUCGCAGGCUUCUAGGGUCCCACCGGACAGACUGAGUCCCAGAGUGGAGCUGGUUUUAGGUCCUUCCGCUCAUGCGAGUGGGGGCAGCUCAAAAUGGCGCGACCGCACAGCUGACUGGGUGGAGAUGGUGGAGAGGAGUGGGGUAGCAGGUCUCAGAGGAGGAGAUGCAGGGAUGGGAAACUCCUUUCAUAAGAAUCCAAAUUUCCGCCGGACCUCCAGUUUUAAUGACACCAAACCCCAACCUCUAUCGUCUAUGCACUCCAGACCGUUCAGAGAAAGGAGCCUGACCCAGGUGGGAUCUCGGACCCUUCCUGAAGGAAGUUGCUGGAAUAAAGGAGGACGGGAGAGGCAGCCAUACAGCUCUUACGUCAUUCCAGAGCACGGGGCCCCAGAUUGGGCUAAAUUCAGAACCCAGAGGAACGACCAGAGGAAGCCCUGGACAGAGACAGCUGCUCCGUCUCACAACAAUGAACUCAAACACACAGGAACCAACACAAACAGCAUUUCAUCAUGUGAGAAAAAUGCUAAAGCGGACCUCAGCAAGCAAAGGAGCGGCGAGACGGGAGUAGGCAGAGAGGGAAUCUCAGGGAUCGGGGGUCCAGCUGCGGGGCCCGCCAACCUGAGCGUGUAUCGGGCAGAGCGGGCUGAGCAGAACUGGAAUCGCCGCGGCCCGUCGCCCAUCCAGAGGAACAUCCUGGCCCGGAAAUUAAAGGAGGCUCAGUCGUGCUCCGGGGUCAAAGGGCGGCAGCGCAGCUCCACCUUUAGCGUGUCGCCCUCGGAGCAGAGGAGCGGUCGUUGCCGCUCUCUGCCGAUGUCUGGAGGCUACAGCAGCAGCAGCGGCGGCUCGCCCUACAGGCUGAGUGACGCUGAGCAGAGGAUGUUGGACCUAGAUCUGUCAGCAUAUGUAGGGGAAGAUGAGUAGUAUACUGCACCAGGGAGGAAUUGCAUUCAUUCAUUCCAAACCUAAAUCCUCUCUGCUACAUUUGUGACUUAAUCUUAACACAGACACACAUUAUCAGUGAAGAUUGUAUUGUAUGGUAGAGGUUUUGGAAGUUUGUUUAUCUAUAAGAAAGAGAGUGAAACUUUUUUUCUUUUCUUAAAAGAUAUUUAAGUUUCAAAAAAAUGUUUUUCUAUUGUAUUUUUUAUUGGAAUUGGAAAUUUUUAUAUGCAUUAUAAUUGAAUAUAUUUUCGUCUUCAGAAUAUUUCUGUAGAUUUCUAUGUAUAUCAACUACUGGUACAGUAUUUACCAUAACAAGUCAUAUUUAACAUGUCUGUGUGCACUGUUAAACCCUAUCAAUGACAAAAUUCUACAGAAGACAGGUGAGUUUUCUGUUCUCUACUGCUGAAUGUGCUGUUUUUUAUCAUGCUGUGAAGUCCCACUGUAAAAAAAACUCUCACUAUGACGUUUAGUUUACGGUUUACGGACAAUUUUCUACGUGUGACAUAAGAAAAGUCAAGCAUUUGUCAUGUGUUUUCUGCAAAAAUGUACAAGUUGGAACAGUAUGCAGUUAUAACAGUCAAAUAUAAACAUCAGUGAGGCAUUGCGGCUGAGA